CAGGGGAACACACCCCCCCUAUGCACUCCCCCUUUUCCCCUCCCCUCUCUCGGCUGACUCGGUGACGGUGAUUUUCUUUUGUGAGCAGCUCUGCUCGGCGCUCCAGCUGGGAAGUUCAUCAUCUGCUGUGUGGAGGGGCUGUGCUGUGCUGUGACUGACUUGCUGAGGCAUCCCUUGUUCUCUUGCAAAGUUUUGCCUCUCUUCUCCUCCUCUCUUCUCUCCUGUCUUCUCCUCUCCUCUCCUCUUCUCUCCUCAUCUUGUCUUUUCUCUUCCCACCAGACCUGAAAAACGAAACACCCCCGGAUUAACUUUGUUUCGAGGAUCAUCGCAGUGUUGCUUUAGGAGCGAACUGGCUGCCGAUGCCCUGUCACCCGGUCAACAUGGCAGACGUCCUGCAGCCCAGUGACAAUACCCUACAGGUGCCAGGUGAGCACAGAUCUGUAUCUUCGACUCCAUCAGGCUCUCCAUCUCCAUCCAGAAAUGACUGUGGCAUCGCCCCUCUCACGCCAUCCCCUUCACCGAGGGUAGAGCUGAGGCCUCGUUUGGCCAGACCCUUCUCCGUGGUGGUGGCCAUAGACUUCGGCACCACCUCCAGUGGUUAUGCCUUCAGCUUCGCAGAGGACCCGGAAGCCAUCCACAUGAUGAGACGGUGGGAGGGCGGAGACCCGGGCGUGGCCAAUCAGAAGAGUCCCACCUGCCUGCUGCUGACGCCCGAGCUGCGCUUCCACAGCUUCGGCUUCGCGGCGCGCGACAGCUACCAUGAUCUGGACCCCGAGGAGGCGCGCCACUGGCUCUACUUCGACAAGUUCAAGAUGAAGAUCCACAGCACCAGCGACCUGAGCAUGGAGACGGACCUGGAGGCGGUGAGCGGUCGGAGGAUGAGGGCCAUCGAGGUGUUUUCCCACGCUCUACGCUUCUUCAGAGAGCACGCCCUCAAGGAGGUGAAGGAGGUGUCGUCAUCAGUGCUGGAGGAGGACGAGGUGCGAUGGGUCAUCACAGUACCCGCCGUGUGGAGGCAACCGGCCAAGCAGUUCAUGCGAGAGGCAGCCUACCUGGCUGGCUUGGUGUCUUCAGACUCCCCUGAGCAGCUCCUGAUCGCCCUGGAGCCUGAGGCCGCCUCCAUCUACUGCCGCAAGCUCCGCCUCCACCAGAUGAUUGACCUCAGCCAGCGCCCAAUCACCAACGGCAUGGAUCCAGACGGGACGCGCCUCUUUGACUCCAGCUUUAGGCAAGCCCGGGAGCAGCUGAGGAGGUCCAGACACAGUCGUACCUUCCUGGUGGAGAGCGGGACGGGUGAGCUCUGGUCCGAGAUGCAGACAGGGGACCGGUACAUUGUGGCGGACUGCGGAGGGGGGACAGUGGACCUGACCGUCCACCAGAUAGAGCAGCCUCAGGGGACGCUGAAGGAGCUGUACAAGGCCUCAGGUGGCCCGUAUGGUGCGGUGGGCGUGGACCUGGCCUUUGAAGCCUUGCUCUGCCAGAUAUUCGGUGCUGACUUCAUCGAGAGCUUCAAGGCCAAGCGGCCGGCCGCCUGGGUGGACCUGAUGAUCGCCUUCGAGGCCCGCAAGCGGACCGCCGCGCCCGGCCGACCCAACGCGCUCAACAUCUCGCUGCCCUUCUCCUUCAUCGACUUCUACAAGAGGCACCGGGGGCAGAGUGUGGAGACGGCCUUGCGCAAGAGCAAUAUGAACAUAGUGAAGUGGUCGUGCCAGGGAAUGCUGCGGCUCACUCCAGAAGCCAUGCAUGAGCUUUUCCAGCCCACCAUCAACAACAUCAUCAAACACAUCGAGGAGCUGAUGGCCAAGCCGGAGGUGCAGGGCGUGCGUUUCCUCUUCCUGGUGGGCGGCUUCGCCGAGUCUCCCAUGCUGCAGCGGGCGGCGCAGCAGAGCCCCCUGCUGGGCCGCGGCGGCGGCUGCCGCGUCAUCAUCCCGCAGGACGUGGGCCUGACCAUCCUCAAGGGCGCCGUGCUCUUUGGCCUGGAUCCCACGGUGGUGCGCGUGCGCCGCCUCCCGCUCACCUACGGCGUGGGCGUGCUGAACCGCUACGUGGAGGGCCGGCACCCGCGCGACAAGCUGCUGGUGAAGGACGGCCGCGACUGGUGCACGGACAUCCUGGACCGCUUCGUGGCCGUGGACCAGUCGGUGGCCCUGGGGGAGGUGGUGAGGCGGAGCUACACGCCCGCUCGCGUCGGCCAGCGCAAGAUCAUCAUCAACAUCUACUGCAGCGUCAGCGACGACGUCGUCUACAUAAGCGACCCCGGGGUGAGGAAGUGUGGCCAGAUCACCCUGGAUCUGCCCGAUCUGGAGCCAGUGGCAGGGGCUGGUGCCACUGGGGGUGCUACUGGGUGCAACAACGGCACCGGAGCCGGAGUGGAGCGCCGGGAGAUCCGCACCACCAUGCAGUUCGGAGACACAGAGAUCAAGGUGAUGGCAAUCGACAUGGCGUCGAAUCGCUCGGUGCGAGCCAGCAUUGACUUCCUGUCCAAUUAGAAAGGGAUGACCUUUGACCCUUGAGGGACUGUUUUGAAGUUGGCGUGGGCUUUUUUCGUCAUGACGUCAGCCAAGUUCUGUUUUUAAGUGAAGCAGGUAUACAUGACUACAGGUUUCGGGCAAAAAAUGUGGCGCCUAUGUGCAUAUGUCUAUGCCACAGAAUGCGACUGAAUACCUGCUCCGAAUGCAUUGAAGAGUUUGCUGAUCAUUGUUCAGUGUGCCCGAAAAAGGCCCAUCAGAGUUUCAAGCUUUAAGCAACUAGACUAUUUACAGCUUGAGGAUAGUUCGCUCCUCAUUUAAAAAUCUUCGUCAGUUCUGGUCACUGUGGUGGGAAAUGCUGAAAGAUCUAGAGAUCUCCCUCCCUCCCUCCGCUUUGCCCAGAACUAAUAAAACUACUUGGAUGAGGAGCAGAGGUGUCAAAAGUAAAAGUAAAUUCAUAGUGCAAGUACAAAACCUCCAUAUGAUACUAUGAUACUACAUAACUGUUACACCAUUUACUCCAUUGUACCUAAUGAGGUAGCUAGACUGUGUUGUUACUGAAGGACCCAACACAAACUUGAUUCAACCAUUGCAGUCAGCUGAUCAUAAGACAAGCACACAGGUCUACCAGUUACUCAGAUGAGCUACCUGUGCUGGAAGAAAACCUGUUUCUUUUUUUUGCUUUUACUUUUAACACGUCUGAUAGGCGAAACAUCUUCAAGCACAAAGAUUUCCUGUAGCUGCAGCUAACCUGUUUGGGUCGUGAUCUGGAUGAAUGACAAUCUUCACAGACGAAGGACAAUUGAGGAAAAUGGGAGAACGUGAAGAGGCACUGCAUGAAAAAAAACAUCUCAAAAAGAACAUCAUUUUGGAACCAUGUUACUUAGAGAAGGAAAUAAUGGCACUUAUGUUUGAUUGUAUUGGGGGGUUGACAUACAUCAAGUUUCUUUAAAAACCAAAGAGCUAAGUUUUACUGUUUUUUUAAUUAUUAUUGAAAAUACCUGCAGUGUACAGGGUAAUCAGAAGUUAUUGUGCUUUGUGGAGUUUAUUGGGCGUUAUGGAGUUGGUGCCCCCUUGUGGCACAAACAUAAAUCUAAUCAACAUUU